AUGUACCGCAUUGAAGUCCUCCCCAGCACAUCCACCCAUGUCACGCCCGGAUGGACUUACGUCCCCGACCGCGGCUUCGACCCAGCCCAAGCAGCUAUCACACCUACCAUCGGCAGGAAACGAGGCAUCCGCGAUAGUGGUCGUACCGACUUGUCUUCGCGCCAGAACAAUGCAAUCAUUCGCCACUUAGCUGAGCUUGACCGGGAGAACCAUCGAGACGUGCAUAUUCCGAUUCCGGUGAAACAGAAGGAUACGGCUGGUAGAGGAACACGAGGAAAGACAACUUCAAACGUGCGCCGUAUCCUGCAAUCGCAAAAAACCUUCCGAAACUACCUCGAUGACGAGGAGGCCGCCCUGGCCCAAGCCGCGCAGUCAACUAUACAACGCCCCUCCAUCAGCAAGAUAACGAAGCCAUCACGACGAAGUCUAACUCCCGCUGCCACUCCCAAGUCAGACUCAUCGAAAAGGAAGCAAUCCACUGUCCCACCGUCAAGGGCCUCAACGACCCCCGCAGAGACCAGCACCCACGCGACGCCCUCCGGCACAGACGAAGACAACAAGCAGCCCGAGCCGGAAACCGAGAACCUGAAUCGACUGAUCAAAUCAGAGCACGAUAACGAUCCCCUUCUAAAGUCGUACAUCCCGUCCGCACCCUCGGAGCGCAUCAUGCAGGCACUCCUGGCCGAACCGCCACUCACAUACAACGCGGCCCGUGCUGGUCCACCCCUAACCGCCAAGACACCACGGCACUUCUGCUGUAUGUGCGGGUUCAUGAAGACUCGCGAUGCGGAGCCUUCUUCUGAGGUGUCUGGUGCAUACCGGUUCGGCCGGUAA